AUGAAAGAAGUAGUUCAAACGGAGAUAUUAAAGCUAUUGAAGGCAUGGAUUAUAUUUUCUAUUUCAGACAGUGAAUGGGUUAGUCCAGUACAAGUAGUACCAAAGAAAGGUGGGAUGACAGUAGUUAAGAAGGAUAAUAAUGAGCUAAUUUCAACAAGAACAAUAACUGGCUGGAGGGUAUGUAUUGAUUACAUGAAGUUGAACAUAGCAACUAGAAAGGACCAUUUUCCACUCCCAUUCAUUGAUCAAAUGUUGGAUAGAUUAGCGGGUACUCUCAUUAUUGUUUCCUUGACGGACAUGGUGGAGGACAUCAUGGAGGAAAAGAAAUUGGUUCUUAACUGGGAGAAAUGCCAUUUUAUGGUACAAGAAGGAAUUGUGGUAGGCCACCAUGUUUCAGCAAAAUGGCUUGAAGUUGACAGGGCAAAAAUUGAUACAAUAGCAAAGCUACCACCACCACCACCAAUGUCAAAGGCAUUUGGAGUUUCUUGGGUCACGUUGGAUUCUACAGGAGACUGCUUAAAGGAAUUUGAAACAAUAAAGGAAAAACUAGUUACUGCUCCAGUGAUGGUAGUACCAGCUUGGGAUCAGCUGUUUGAAGUUAUGUACAAUGCUAGUGACUACGUAGUAGGGACAGUUUCAGGACAAAGGCGUGAUAAGGUAUUUCGGGCAAUUCACUAUGCUAGCAAAACUUUUAAUGGAGCUCAACUGAAUUACACCACAAUAGAAAAAGAGAUGUUAGCGGAGUUUGGUGUAGAGAUUCGAGAUAAAAAGGGUAGUGAGAGUGUCGUUGCAGAUCAUCUCUCACGAUUAGAGAAUGAAAAGAAGAUUACCACCGGACUUGACCUCUUAUCAAAAGAAGAAAUUCCUACACGAUAUCAAACAUGUGAUCGUUGUCAGCAUACUGAAAACAUUUCAAGACAUCAUGAGCUGCCACUAACUAAUGUGCUUGAGGUGGAGUUAUUUGACGUAUGGGGUAUAGACUUCAUGGGUUCGUUUUCGCCAAACUUCGGUCAGGAGUAUAGAGCUUACUGGGCUAUGAAGAAGUUGAAUUUGGAUAUGAAAUUGGCCGGGCCACAACGCUUGUUGCAGCUAAAUAAAUUAGAGGAAUUUUAG